UUCACUCCAUUAGAGUUUCAUUUCAAGGGAGGAUGGACGGACAUAAUGGGCCUAGUGGUGGUCCUGCUGGUGAGCGGGCCCGUGGCGUACUUCCGAUGAUUAAAUAUCAGAUCCGACCAAGAGGGGCCAUUGUACGUUGGAGUCCGACUAACCACCAUCGGCGUUGUGAGUGCCGCCACACCUACGCCUAUCCCAAUGCGGUCAUUUUUGCCGUGGUGGAGGAAAGAAAGAAGUUAGCAAAGGACAACGCUAGACUCGAAACCGAGGUGAACCAACUAAAGGAAGCCAAUAAAAGGCAAGCCGAGCGAAUUAAGGAGUUGGAGUAUGACGUGGUUGAAGGUCAAGAUAGGGUGGAUGACCUUUAUGCACGACUAGGAGAGGCGCGUGAGCGCAUGGUUAAGAGGGCUAGGAAAGUAAGGGUUAGAGCCGAGUCGAUCUUGAACCUUUGCAAUGAUUUGCUCGAGGAGGAGAGCGAUGAGGCUUCGUAUAUAGGAGGCGGGGUUGGAGGUGAACCCGCCCAGUUUGGUAGGUCAACUAGUCCUACGGCGGACUAAGUCCUUACUCUUAGGUUAUUUUGGAUGGUUUUGACUACCGUAUAUAGGAAGGAUAGGGGAUGGUAGAUCCGGGAAAGAGCCUUAGCUAGCCAUUUUGUACGUUUGGACUAGCUAUGUAUAUAUUACUUUUGAUGAUGUUGUUCCCUUAUGGACUGUCUUUGUUUGUAUUUGACUGACUGUUAAUAUGUGACUUGUUUGACUCUGUUUUGUAAUGUAUAUGUGCUUUAUUGUGAAAA